CCAUCUCCUUCAAAACAACCCUUCCAUGUUCUAAGGAUCCCCUUCUCCUUCUCCAUCCCUUCCCAAGGGCACUGUCCUUCAUCACAACAACCAUGGCGAAUUCGGCAUCGGGAAUGGCGGUGAACGAUGAGUGUAAGCUAAAAUUCUUGGAGCUGAAAGCAAAGAGGAAUUUUCGGUUUAUCGUUUUCAAGAUCGACGAAAAGAUCCAACAAGUGAAGGUUGAUAUGCUUGGCCAACCUGAUCAGAGCUAUGAGGACUUCACUGCUGCAUUGCCUCCAAAUGAAUGUCGCUAUGCUGUCUUUGAUUUUGACUUUGUUACUGAUGAGAAUUGCCAAAAGAGCAAGAUCUUCUUCAUUGCUUGGUCUCCUGAUACAUCUAAAGUGAGGAGUAAGAUGUUGUAUGCAAGCUCCAAAGACAGGUUCAAGAGAGAGCUUGAUGGAAUUCAAGUUGAGUUACAAGCAACUGAUCCAAGUGAGAUGAGUUUUGAUAUUAUCAAAUCAAGAGCUAUUUGA